AUGCCCAAGAAGUUUCAGGGCGAGAACAUCAAGUUGGCUGCUGCCCGAGCAAGGAAGGCCGAGGCCAAAGCAGCAGCUGAUGCCAAGCGGCAGCUUGCCUAUUGGAAGGAUGAUGACAAACACGUCAUGAGGAAGGAGCAGAGGAAAGAGGAGGAGAAGCGUUGGCUGGAGCAGCUGGAAUGCAAGAAAGAAUUGCAGAGGUUGCUCGAAGAAGAAGACUCCAAGCUGAAGGGGAAGUCACCCAAGCCCCUGACCCCCGGCAAAGUAACCCGGGCCCAGAUCAAGGAGACGCUCCGCCGAGAGCAGCCACAUAAAGAGAAUGAAGACACAGUGGACAAGCCAAAAAGUCACCUUGAAGUACCCUUGGAGGAGAAUGUCAACCGCCAGAUACCUGAGGAGGGGAGUGUGGAAGCCAGAACCAUCGAAGACGCCAUAGCUGUGCUCAGUGUUAAUGACGACUCUGACCAGCACCCCGAGCACCGCAUGGAAGCUGCUUUUACUGCCUUUGAGGAACUGCACCUGCCGAGACUGAAGAAGGAGAACCCCAACAUGCGUCUAUCGCAGCUGAAACAGCUCUUGAAGAAAGAGUGGAUGAAGUCCCCUGACAACCCCAUGAACCAGCGGACCAUGGUCUACAAUGCCCAGAAAUAGGACUCAGGGAAUGGAGACAGGCAGGGGAAGCGAGGGGACCCAUCCUAGUCUGGACCACUGGGUCUCAGGCCCUCAAAUUCAGGG